AUGUUAGAAACUAAGCCGAGGGUGUACCAGGGCGUGCGCGUGAAGACCACGGUCAAAGAGCUGCUGCAGCGACACAGAGCCCGGCAGGCUGACGUUAAAAAGGUUAAGACGAUACCCCAAGGUUGCACGAACAUUCAGGAUCUAUGUGCGCCCACUUUCCCAAGCCAUUACACCGACGCGGCCGCUGUCCGGGGAGCGACGGCGAGCGGGGCCGCGCCAGCCCUUCCGGUGCGCGCCUUGCUGCCCGCGGACGGCGGCGUCCCGAUGCAGGGCAGCGCCUUUACGAACCAGCUGUUCAGUAAGGACGCCGUGCCGCCUGCUAACUGCUACGACGACAAUAACAACAACAACAACAGCGGCAGCGGCGGAAGCGUCUCCCAGAGCUUUUCACUGCCUUGGUCUUAUGGACGUCUCUCUUCGGAUGCAGACUAUUAUGGCCAAGCGAUGGCUCCCUCCUCGCCUCAAGAUUACUUAAAACUCCCCAGACCGCUGGAUCACAACAGCUAUUCUCCGCAGGACUCUUUCUCAUCCUCCUCUUCCUCCUGCUACAACUCGCCCACCAGGAUGGAUUUAAUCUACAACAGCUUCACCCCAGAGCACUACGACUACCAGCACUGCAGCCUCCAGGACUCCGGGUUGUCCCAUUGCUGGCCAGACCAGCAGGAGAGCCUCUCCGCCCUCGAGUACGCGCCUUACUUUUGUCCCACAGACUAUCCGUACAUCCAUCCCGCGGAGGAGGACUAUUUCAAGAGGGAUUUGCCCAUGGCGGCGGAGAUGUGUUACAAUGUGCUAUGAUCAGAACCGAAGAAAGUGCUGCUUUGUUUGCGACCUUGUCGAUAGAAUGCGCUGCGCGUAAAGCAGCGUUGUGAUGAUGCCAUUGUUCGAUCGAUAAUCUGCUAGAAGAACACGAUUGUUGACUGAAUGGAUGUAGCGCGAGAUACUGUGUUGAAUGUGUGAUAAGGGCUGACUUUAUUUUUGUACUCUUUUUUUUGUAUUUCUUUAGUUUUUAACACUUAGAUUAUUUUUCAUAUGGAGCUUCGAGUGUUUUAUUAUAAUAAAUAAAAUGUGUAAAUAAGCCAUCGGUACCCUCACAAUUUAUGGAAACGUUCAGGUAUAGCCUAUCAAAAAAAUUGCUUAUUUUGCAAAUUGCGAAAUACGAUUUUGUAGAUGAGCCAUGUCUGUUCUCUUGGUCCCUCUCACACUCACACACCUUCUGGUUUGUCUCAAUUAGGCAGCAAUGAGUAGAAUUCAUGAAAAAGUUGCCAUUACCUUGGCUCUUGACACUAGAAUAUUUUUUUGAUCAACCAAUUAGUGCCAACCCCUUAGACAGUAAGGCAUAACAAUUUUUUCCACAAAGACAACACUUUUUUUCCCUUUUAUUGUAAGCAGUUUGGCAGCUAUUCCGAUUGGUUACACCAAAAAAAGUAAAUAAAACUUCUAAAUCGGCAUUCAGAUUUGAUAGGAUGCUUCUCUUCUAUAGAACUGGGUUAAUCUGCAAAAAUGUGCGCCUGACAG